AUGAGGCCAAACAAAAGGUACGUGCACCUCCUUGUGUUGCUGUACACGGUUCACGUUUUGGCUUCCGUGACUCAUUAUUCCAUCCCCGAGGAGCUCAAAGAAGGAUCCGUUGUUGCCAACCUUGCGAAUGAUCUCAGCUUGGAUGUUGCAAGUCUGAUUAGACGAAAAAUGCGUGUCGACAUUAUUGCCAACAAAAAAUAUCUGGAUGUGAACAAAGAGACUGGGGAACUCUAUAUUGUGGAAAAGAUUGACAGGGAACAUAUUUGCAACACAAAAGGGACGUCAUCAUGCUAUCUCAAGCUGGAAGUGACGCUGGAAAACCCACUACGAAUUUUUAACAUAGAAUUAGAAAUACUAGACAUGAAUGACAACGCCCCUCAGUUCAGACGAGAGGCCAUUCAUUUGGAUUUAUAUGAGUCCACUCCAGCAGGGGAGAGAUUCUCUUUAAGCAAUGCAGUCGAUCCUGAUGUGGGGAGCAAUUCAGUGAGCACCUAUCGUCUGAGUGAAAGUGAGCAUUUUAAUAUUGAGGUUCAGACAGGUAGAGAUGGAUCCAAAUUGGCAGAUUUGAUAUUGAAAAAGACAUUAGACCGAGAGCAGCAAGCGUUGCACAAUUUAAUACUAACGGCAGUAGAUGGCGGUACACCUCCACGUUCUGGAACCGUCAGUAUUAUUGUUCACGUUUUAGACAAUAAUGACAAUGCCCCUCUGUUUGAUAAGUCUAUUUACAAUGUUAAAAUAAUGGAAAAUUCUCCUAUCGGAAGCCUUGUUAUUGAUCUAAAUGCUACUGACUUGGAUGAGGGAUCAAAUUCUGAUUUAACAUACACAUAUAGUUUAUAUACACCGGAGAAAACACAAAACACUUUUAAUUUGAAUCCUUCUACUGGCGAGAUUACUGUUAAAGGAAUGCUGAAUUAUGAAGAUUUUAGGAUUUAUGAUAUGGAAGUUAUAGCAGCAGAUAAAGGUGUCACUAGUUUAUCAGGACAAUGUACGAUCAAAAUCCAAAUUGAGGACAUGAAUGACAACCAUCCAGAAAUAUCCAUUAAAUCUUUUCAUACUCCUGUUAGUGAAAACAUUGAUGUUGACACAGUGAUAGCGGUGGUCAGCGUGAGCGAUAAGGACUCGGGAAAUAAUGGAGUGGUGGACCUUCACAUUCCACAUAAUAUGCCUUUCACACUGAAGGAGUCUCCAGAUAACUAUUAUAAGUUAGUAGUUUCCGAGCCAUUGGACCGCGAGAAGGUUCCGGAAUACGAAAUCACCUUCACUGUUACCGACAGGGGCUCCCCUCCUUUAAGUGACAAUGAAACCAUGACUUUGCAGCUGCUGGAUGUCAAUGACAAUGUCCCACACUUCCCUCAGUCCUUUUACACCAUCCGCGUGAUGGAGAAUAACGCUCCAGGCGCCUUGCUCAGUUCCCUCAGCGCGUUUGACCCUGACCUCCACGAGAACCAGUACCUGGUUUACUUCAUCCUAGAGAAGGAGAUUGCCAACACCUCCAUGUCCAUGCUGUUCUCCAUCAACCCAGAGAACGGCAACCUUUACGCUCUCAAGACCUUUGACUAUGAGAUGGAGAAGGAGUUCCUCUUCCACAUUGAGGCCCGAGACUCGGGUUCUCCUCCGCUCAGCAGCAACAUGACGGUCCACAUCAUCAUCGUGGAUCAGAACGAUAACGCCCCUGUGAUUGUCUCUCCAUGGCGUGCGCACGGCUCGGUGGUGGAGGAGAAGAUCCCCAGAUCCACCGAUAAAGGCUCUCUGGUGGCCAAGGUGAUCGCCUUGGAUGUGGAUUCCGUGCACAACUCUCGCGUCACCUACCAGUUCCUGCAGGUGACGGACGCCUCCUUGUUCAGUCUGGACCAGUACAAUGGAGAGAUCCGCACCAUGAGGAUGUUCAGCUACAAGGAUUCGCGCCACCAGAGAUUGGUUGUGGUCGCCAAGGACAACGGGGAGCCGGCUCUCUCGGCGACAGUCACCAUCAAGCUGUCCACGGUGGAGAUGGCCGUCAAGGCCUACUCGGACAUGACCGAGGUGCCUCUGGAAUACGACAUUUUCUCCGACCUCAACCUGUAUUUGGUCAUCGGUCUGGGCUCGGUGUCCUUCCUGCUGCUCAUCACCAUCUUGGUUACCAUCGUGCUCAAGUGUCAGAACGUCAAGCCCAGCAAAGCGGCUCCUCCCUGCAGGAACAGCGUGAUUAGCGAGCGGAACUCCACCAUCGCAGAUUCCACUCUGGUGUCCAAUGAUGCCUACUGGUACAGUCUCUUUCUGGCCGAGACCAGGAAAGGAAAGCUGGUGGUCAGGCAGCCUAUGCCGAAGGGCUCCAGGUACAUCGUGUCCAGUAUUCCCAGGAGCACUGGGAUGUCUGAGACCAGCGACUCUGCUCCUUCCACCUUGCAGGUAUGA